UUGAGCAUAGCCGCUCCCUGCCGGGUCGGUGCUUGCUCGCUGCUCUUCUUCGGCCUUGACCCUCCCUCCGCCAUGGCCCAAGCCGAUAUCGCCCUCAUUGGACUGGCCGUCAUGGGCCAGAACUUGAUUCUGAACAUGAACGACCACGGCUUCGUGGUCUGUGCCUUUAAUCGCACGGUCUCCAAGGUGGACGACUUCUUGGCCAAAGAGGCGAAGGGGACCAAGGUGAUCGGCGCCCACUCCCUGGAGGAAAUGGUCUCGAAGCUCAAGAAACCUCGCAGGAUCAUCCUCCUGGUGAAGGCUGGCCAGGCCGUGGACGAUUUCAUUGAGAAAUUGGUGCCUUUACUGGAAAAGGGCGACAUCAUCAUCGACGGAGGAAACUCUGAGUACAAGGACUCCACAAGGCGGUGUCGAGACCUCACUGCCAAGGGCAUCCUGUUUGUGGGCAGUGGCGUGAGCGGCGGAGAGGACGGUGCCCGCUAUGGCCCCUCACUCAUGCCUGGAGGGAACAAAGCCGCAUGGCCUCACAUCAAGACCAUCUUCCAGGGCAUCGCUGCCAAAGUGGGCUCCGGGGAGCCAUGUUGCGACUGGGUGGGGGACGAGGGCGCAGGGCACUUCGUGAAGAUGGUUCACAAUGGCAUCGAGUACGGCGACAUGCAGCUCAUCUGCGAGGCCUACCACGUCAUGCGUGACGCACUGGGCAUGGAGCAGGACCAGAUGGCACAGACCUUCGAGCAGUGGAACAAGACAGAGCUGGACUCAUUCCUGAUCGAGAUCACGGCAGACAUUCUCAAGUUCCGGGACACGGACAGCAAACACCUGCUCCCCAAGAUCCGGGAUAGUGCCGGCCAGAAGGGCACUGGCAAGUGGACGGCCAUCACGGCCCUGGACUACGGCGUCCCCGUCACCCUCAUUGGAGAGGCUGUGUUUGCUCGCUGCUUGUCCUCCCUCAAGGACGAGAGGGUGGAGGCCAGCAAGAAGCUGAAGGGGCCCCAGAAGACCAGCUUCGAGGGGGACAAGAAGGCCUUCCUGGAGGACGUUCGAAAGGCCCUUUAUGCCUCCAAGAUCAUCUCAUACGCGCAAGGCUUCAUGCUCCUUCGACAGGCGGCCACUGAGUUCGGCUGGACCCUCAACUACGGCGCCAUCGCCCUCAUGUGGAGGGGGGGCUGCAUCAUCAGGAGUGCCUUCCUGGGGAAGAUCAAGGAGGCUUUUGACCGCAACCCCGGACUCCAGAACCUUCUGCUCGACGACUUCUUCAGGGCGGCUGUGGAGCAGUCCCAGGACUCAUGGCGCCGUGCCGUGAGCACCGGGGUGCAGUUGGGCAUCCCCAUGCCCUGCUUCUCCACUGCGCUGGCCUUCUAUGAUGGAUACCGGCACGCCCAGCUCCCUGCCAACCUCAUUCAGGCCCAGCGAGACUAUUUUGGCGCCCACACUUAUGAGCUCCUGACCAAGCCUGGCCACUUCAUCCACACCAACUGGACGGGCCACGGCGGAAGUGUGUCCUCCUCCUCCUACAACGCCUGAGCGGGCCAGCGCCCCUCUCAAGGACAUUCCUAUUUGGGGACCCUGGCCCACUCUGCUUCCAGUUCAAUAAAGCAGCAGUGGCCA